CUUUUGUCUGACCUUUUGUCUGACAACGACAACUUCUGUAUCUGAGCAACGUAGCUCAACACAUUGACUUUUAUGCCGAUGUUGCGAUUUCCAUUUUUGUCUUCAACAACGCAUCAUAACAUUUCCAUAAGCAUCCCAGAACUUCCGUGGGAACGCCAAGACUAUUUAAUGACGUUUCUGGAAACCUAAUACUCUCUACGUAUCCAGCUCUAUUGUUUCGUAACAUUUUGAAACAUUUGUAGGGCUAAUCAAUCUCAUCCCUAACAAAGGUAACUAUUUAAAGCAGGAGAUUGUAUAGAUUUAUUUGAUAUACGACAUAAGCGGCAAAACAAAACAAAAUGGCUGACGGCCGCCACAGCUUCCACAUUGCCGACUACGCAGUCUUCGGCGCCACCAUCCUAAUCUCACUGGGGAUAGGACUCUACUUUGCUCUGUCUGGUGGACGCCAGAAAACAACAUCCGAGUUUCUGGUCGGCGGCCGUGCUAUGAAGUUUCUCCCCGUGGCUGUGUCGCUGAUGGUGUCGUUUGAGUCGUCCAUCAUGAUGUUGGGCACCCCGGCUGAAGUAUACGUUUAUGGGGCUCAAGUCUGGAUAUCGCUGUUUGGAUUCCUGUCGUCGUUUUUGAUAUGCAGGGUGUUGAUGAUACCACUGAUCCAUCCCCUGAAAAUCACCAGCGCUUACGAGUAUCUUGAUGGAAGAUUCAAAUCCCGUGUCGUACGUCAAGUGGGAACGGCUCUUGGUGUCCUCACAUAUGUAUUCUACAUGGGCAUUGUGUUAUUUGGACCAGCCAUAGCAUUGGAAGCAGUAACGGGGUUUCCCCAGUCCGGCUCCAUCGUCCUGGUUGCGUCUGCCGCUAUCUUGUACACCGCCAUGGGUGGACUGAAAGCUGUGAUCUGGACUGACGUCUUCCAGGCUUUUGUGAUGUUUGCAGGAAUGCUGGCAGUCAUCAUCAAGGGCACAUUGGACGCGGGUGGAAUUAACUCCGUAUGGACAACUGCGGCUAAGGGUGGACGCCUGAAUUUUUUCAGUUUUGACCCGGACCCGACCGUUCGUCACACGUUCUGGGGGCUUUUUCUGGGUACAUUCGCUCGGUCGUCCGGCCUGAUCUUCAACCAGUCAACUAUACAAAGGGUCUGUUCAACGCCAACACUCGCUGCCGCCAAGAAAGUAAUGCUGAUAGUGAGUCCUGCAUUCUGGAUAACCAUCACACUUGCCAUGAUAGAGGGCAUCGUGGCCUAUGCUUACUAUGUGAACCUCCGCUGUGACCCGCUGGAGUCAGACAAGAUACACAAUCCAAAUCAGAUCAUACCAUUUAUGGUAAUGGAUAUUUUCCGGGGUUUGCCUGGCAUGCCUGGACUCUUUCUGGCCGCUUUAUUCAGUGCAUCUCUCAGCACAAUUUCAUCUGGACUGUCCAGUCUGUCAGCGAUGACCUGGGAGGACAUUCUCAAACCACGCCUACCAAAUGUUUCCGACCUCACAGCAACGAUGAUAGCUAAAGUGUCAGUGGUCGUGUUCGGAGCCCUGUCCUGUGGAGUGGCUAUUCUUAUUUCUCUCAUUGGGGGAACACUCACGCAGAUUACUUCGACAGUUUUAGCCGCUUUCAACGGUCCUCUGUGUGGCCUCUUUAUCCUCGCAUCACUCUGCCCAUGGGCCAACGCUAAAGGAGCAGUCAUUUCCACUGUGAUAAGCACUAUCAUUAUGAUUUGGUUGUGUGCUGGAUCUACGUUUUCUGGAGCUACAAGACCUACUCCUUGGCUGACACCGGCCCCGACCGACCAGUGUUCUGCGGACAACAUGACGUCGUUAGUUAUGAACACAACAGGACUAAUGACGUCAUCAGCAGAACUGUAUGACGUAACAACAGUUGCAACUGUAGCCGAACCAGUAACUGGGUUCAAUGUCAUAUACACACUGUCAUACACAUGGCUCGGCGCUGUUGGAAUCGCCAUUGUACUCAUCGUUGGCUUCUUCGUAAGCUGGGCAACAGGUUUCAACAAAGAUGGCGACCUGGAUCCUCGCUAUGUCAUAUAUUUAUCUGAGGUGGUGAAAAAUAUUCUCAGGUGCGGGAAGAAGAGCACGAGUGAUGAGAAAUCAGAAAGAAAAGACAGUAUAUAUAACACCGAGAUAGAAAUCGAACUCGAAAAGACAACCGAGACAGAGAUACCACUACUCACUGAUGCGGGAAAGGACAAAACUGUUUCCCAUCUCCCUUCUCACAUCAAUGACGUGAAGGACGAACACAAGCCUUGGUUCAUUUGGCACGAUAGCAACAGAAAUCGAAUUACAAUGGUCAGCCGCCACAGCUUCCACAUCGUCGACUACGUGGUCUUCGGCGCCACCGUCCUCAUCUCACUGGGGAUAGGACUCUACUUUGCUCUGUCUGGUGGACGCCAGAAAACAACGGCCGAGUUUCUGGUCGGCGGUCGUGCUAUGAAGUUUCUCCCCGUGGCCUUGUCGUUGAUGGUGUCGUUUGAGUCGUCGAUCAUGAUGCUGGGCAUUCCUGCUGAGGUGUACGUGUACGGGGCUCAAGUCUGGAUCGGAAUGUUCGGCUGGUUGACGGUGCUUCUCCUCACCAACAGAGUUCUUGUACCAAUGAUUCACCCACUGAAAAUCACCAGUGCUUAUGAGUACCUUGAUGGCCGUUUCAACUCCCGCGCCAUUCGACUUAUUGGGACGACCCUUGGAAUAUUACACUAUAUAUUCUACAUGGGUGUCGUGUUAUUUGGGCCAGCUAUUGCAAUCGAAGCGGUGACUGGAUUCCCUCUGAUUUGGUCCAUAAUACUGGUUGCAUCAGCCGCAAUAAUGUAUACGUCUAUGGGUGGACUUAAGGCUGUUAUUUGGACUGACGUAUUCCAAUGUAUCAUCAUGUUCUCUGGGAUGUUUGCCGUUCUCAUCAAGGGAACUAUCGAUGUUGGAGGAGUGAGGAAAGUGUGGACCACGGCCUACGAGGGAGGGAGGCUCAACAUACUCAACUUUGACCCGAACCCUACCGUCCGCCACACAUUCUGGGGACUGUACAUUGGUACUAUUAUGAAGGCAGCGGGGAUUGCGUUUAACCAGUCGACGAUACAGCGAGUGUGUGCAACGCCUACGAUGAAAGAAGCUAAGAAAGUCGUGUUUGUGAUGGCUCCGGGCUUCUGGUUGACGAUCACGCUGGCUAUCGUGGAGGGCGUCGUUGCGUACGCCUACUACAACAGUGUGAAAUGUGACCCUCUGCUCUCAGGUCAGAUCACCAACCCCAAUCAGGUUAUUCCACUGUUCGUCAUGGACAUCUUCAAGGACAUCCCAGGAAUGCCGGGGCUGUUUCUGGCAGCUCUCUUCAGUGCCUCACUCAGCACUGUGUCAUCCGGGUUGUCCAGUCUGUCGGCCUUGACCUGGGAGGACAUCCUCAAGCCUCACUUGCCAAACAUAUCCGAGUUCAAGGCCACCGUUAUAGCAAAGGUAUCAGUGAUAGUGUACGGCCUUCUCGCUGUCGGUGUGGCCAUCUUAACGUCCAUCAUUGGAGGAACGCUUAUCGAGAUAAGCGGCAGUGUGCUGGCCACGUUCACCGGUCCAUUGACCGGCCUGUUCCUCACAGCGUUCUUCUGUCCAUGGGCAAACGCCAAGGGGUGUUUUACGGGAACCAUUGUGGGCACGGCUGUGCUCCUGUGGAUCAGCUUUGGUUCCACGUUUUCUGGUGUGAAGACACGGACUCCAUGGCUCCCUCCUGCACAAUCGGACAUGUGCUUUCCUGAAAACAUGACGUCAUCCGCAUAUAAUUCGUCACUUUUGACGUCAGCAAGAUCUAUGUACACAGUUGGGAAACCUGUCCGAGAACCAAUCUGGAUAGAAUACGCCUACCAACUCUCCUACGCCUGGUUCAGUGCACUUGGUUCCGGUGUCACCUUCGUGGUUAGCUUCCUGGUGAGCUGGAUGACAGGUUUUAACCGCAACAACGACGUAGACCCCCGAUACAUGGUGUCUUUUACUGAAAAACUGUGUUGCUGCAUACCCCGUUGCAUUUGCGGGCAGAGCAAGGAGGUGAACAAGGGUCAGACCAAGCAGGAUGUCCACAAAUCCAAGGAUGAACCACAAGAUGGGACUGAAAUGAUCCUCUUGUUGAAGAAGUCAGAACAAGAAGGCGAAGCUCAACUACCACAGAAGACAGAUGAAGAAAACGAAACCAAUAGUUCCUAAGUUCCGUGUGUAACUCAUAAAAAUGUUGCUCUUUGAUUACACACACUAUUUAUGCUAUGUAUACUGAAGGUGAAUGCACUUUAAUGACAUGUCAGUUAGUACAAAGAUCCUAAAAAUACCACCCCAAUGCUGAGAUUGCAAAAUAAAGACGUAUAUUAAAGAAA